AUGUCAGAAUCAAUUUUAGUAGCUAUGAUGGAGCUCAAUGGAAGCAGGGAAGCUAAAGUAGGUGGAAGACUCAUCUAUAGCCGCCUUGCCCAUGGGGUGACUAAAGUUGAUAAAAUCCUGGGUUUCAUAGUCAUAAAGAAUUAUCAGAUGAAAAGAUUUAUUCCAGGGUAA